AGGUCAGGCCUGAUCAAUUCGAACUCUCGUUCUCCGAUACAUACGCCGAAUACAUUUAAGUCUGCUCAGGCAGCGCCGCCGUCACGAUGCCCGUCCCUUUUGAAGCUCUUCUUCCCUAUGCCAUCAUGAUUGGUAUGUUCGGUAUCUCUGGUACUGGUCUUGCCGUCAUCAAGACCUGGCAGAACGAGGGCAAGCGACCUCGUUACUCCGUGGAUCAAUGGGAUAGAGUAAGUUAUGGACAUACAACAGCAUCUUCAAUACUAAUUGGUCUACAGCAAAUGAUGGACCGUGACCGCCGACUUACGGGAACUCUACGAGGACAAACAGACAAACCAGAAGCGCCUUUAGGCUUCGAGCUGAACAACCCCUGGAAGUUGGAGACACGCUUUUCUUAAACAGCAAUAUGGGAACCAGGGGCAAGUAACCAGAGACGGCAGCCUAGAGCUGCAAUUGUAAAUACACACAUUUGGGGCACUAGUAGCAAGGCAUUGAAGCCUAUAAGA